AUCGACAAAAUCACUCUGAAUGUUAUUUGAAGAUCAGUCAGUCAGUCACAAAUUACCCAUGAUACAUCAUUCCCGGUUUUGAUGCUCUUGAACGCGGUCAUAUCUAAUUUCGACGCAAAAUUUACAUAGCCAUUCGACUCGCGUUUGGGAGAAUUUUUGCAUUUUAGUUUACUCUAAUUAUUUCAACCUGCUAACGUUACGUUAAUUAUCCUAACAUGCUAUGAAAAGUCACUGCUGACAGUGAGAUACUCACAUAUGCACAGCAUCGACACUACUCCAGUUCAUCCAGGUUUGAACCCGAAAGUAUCUGUCAGAAAGUCACCAGAUCUCAACCAAUUUGAACACCUAUGGGAGAUUCUGGAGCGGCACCUGAGACAGCUUUUUACACCACCAUCAGCAACACACCAAAUGAUGGAAUUUCUCAUAGAAGAAUAGUGUCGCAUCCCUCCAAUAGAGUUCCAGAAACUUGUCAAGUGACAACAUGAGUGAGGCUGAGCAAGAUAGAAUAGAGAUCCCUCAUACCAGAUGCUCCAACAAUACAAAUGAAGGCACAGCAGACAGCAGCAACACGUCACACCUUGAUACCAUAGAGGUGCUGGAGAGCAGUGAUCCCUUGGUUGCGGAAGAGGAAAUGGUUGAUUUGACCCAUCAGGUUUUUCCAUCAUCUUUUGUGGACCUCACCAACAACAAUGACUCAAUAGUGGUUGUAGAUGAAGGUCCAAAGCGAAGACGUGACUGGGAAAGUUACGUGCUGAGCAGUGAUGAAGAAGAGGCAGCUGUUAUUGUUCCUGACAGUCCAGCGACAGCCCCCCUCUCCACUGCCCCUGAGCCCAGCAGCAUAGCCAGAUCAACCCCAACAACAACCAGUUGUCCCAUCUGUAUGGACACGUUUGGAGAGAUAAUUGAUGGUGGGAGAACGGUUGUCUCCUCCCAGUGUGGUCACCUGUUCUGCAACACAUGCAUACGUGACUCACUUGCCAAAUCACAGACGUGCCCAACCUGCAGGAAGAAACUGAAUCAUCAGCAGUAUCAUCAAAUUUACAUCUAAUCUGUGUUCCUCUUAAACAUAUUCCGAUUGUUGGGGCUUUUUGCACAUUGCUUGAUGGUUUGGUUCUUUGUUUAUAUAUGGUUUAAUGGUCUUGUCAUUUAUGUCUUAAAUUUGUACAAAUGGGAUUUUUUUUUUACUGGCCACAUGUGGGUUUAACACAUUUGAGGGAGGAGAAUGUAACCAAUCAAUCAUACACGUCGUUGUACGAUUGCCUCACUGUACACUAUGAAAGUGUAUUAUGUACAACAUUUUCAUCUAAUAGUUGUGUUUUAAAUGUGUUAUGCCUGUGUUUAGACCAUCUAGAUUACAUUUCACUGUUGUGACCCAAAGCGUUCUUGAGAGCUCAAAGAAACGCAACUAUUUCGUUUGUCCAUAUGUAUUGUUUAUAAAUAAAUAAAGUAUUUGUUUUUAGCCCUU